AUGAAUCCAAUUUUCUUCAUCGUCACUCACUUUUUGAUAGCUUUUGUAUUUGCCGAAAAUGGUCUUCCACCACUCCCGCCAGCCGAUGAAUUUGGAAAUUUGCCGAAAUUGCCACAAGAUUUUCCAUGGAUGAAUGAUGGACCGGAUUUACUAGAGAUUUCCCCACCCCGGCCACUUCCACCGGUGAAUGGGGUGUUACCAGAAGACGAAAACCUACCCCUUCCAUUGCCAUCAAAAAUUGAAGAGAUUGUUGGAAAUGCCCCACUUCCACCAAGUUACGAAGACAUGAUAGCCAUGCCAUUGCCCGACAACUUACCUCCUCUA